CACCUUCCCUCCGAGAUGCGUGUGCUGGGGGACGAGUACGUCAAAUCUGAGUUCCACGCGCACAAGAAUGUCGAGAACCCGGUGCACAUUGUGGGCUUCUUGACGGAAUGGCAACUGUACGCACAGCAAGUGGAAGGCGAGCAUUGGCGAGGGGAGAAGAUGGAGAAGGGCAAGAUCGACAAGAUGAGUGACCAGCAGAUCGGGCAGCUGUAUGAGCUCAUGAACAGCAUUCGUGAACGUGAGCUUGCCGAUAACGAUCCCGAAUACAAGCCACAUCAUCCUCCCGAGCCACCCAAACAAUAAGUCCAUGGGGUAACAAAGCAUUUAUGCGACAGCUCAGAGCUUCGCCUUCGCCUUCGC